AUGGGUCGUGAUUUAAUUAAUUUGGAUAAUGUUUACGCUAACAAUCUCGGUAUGCUCGAGAAGAUUUGUAUGACUGUAAAUCCAACUAUUGAAUUUCCAGCUCACUAUUUCGAUGAAUUAUUCCCAAAAGAUACCAAGAAAGAUACAUUUUUUGCUCAAUUAGCCUAUUACAGUGAAAUUCCAGUUGGUGCAUGUAAAGCCAAACUUUAUCCAAAAAAGAAAGGUGAUACAUAUCCAAAAGGUGUUCAUAUUGAAUCUAUGGCUGUAUUAGACCAAUACCAAAACAACCAGAUAGAGACCAAGUUUUUGAACUAUAUAAUCGAAGAAUGUAAGAAACAUCAUCAGCAUAAUGUUUACGUUCAUAUACCAGUAAACGCCGACAAAGAAAUAGCUUGGUAUAAAGAUAACGGUUUCGAAUCAGAGGAAGAGCCAUUGAAAGAAUUAUUCAAAACCACUGAAGGUCUCAUCGAUGGUAUGUUAUUAAAAAAACAUAUAGAUUAA